GUGAAGGCAUUCGACUCGGGGUCGAACAGCAAGAUGAAAGACAUGGCGGUCGACCGCUAAAUAUUGCGAAAAAAGUGAUGCUUGUUUUUACUGAUGGCUGGAGUAAUAAAGGACCAGAUCCGGAAGAAAUGAGUCGCAAUGCUAAAAAUGCUGGUUUCACUGUCUAUACUGUUUUUUAUGAGGUUUGCCUUGCAUUUUUUUCCCAUAGCUGUAGUUCCAAAGCACAUGUGUUUAACCAGCGCAUAGUAGUGAUUAAUUCCGAUGAGGAAAAAUGA